CUGUCUUCAGCUUCAUUUACAAGCGAAUUAAAACCUCUUUAUGUCUCCUUCCUUGCUUGUUUCACUGUAAAAACCAUGGCUCUUUCACUCCCAGAAGACACCAAUCUCACCACUCACCAACAACCCAGUAAUUUAUCAUUCUCUUCUAUAAACCUUCGAAACAUCUCUCACCUAGCUGAUUACGUUUCUAACCCCAACACUUACACAAACCCACUUGAUCAAAAUAGUUUCUUUCACCCUUCAGAUGGUUUUUACAUAACACAUACAGACAUCAUUCUGCGUCAGAUAGCCCAUGAUCUCUCUGGGACAUUCUCUCCUCCCUCUCCUCCCUUGGCUUAUCUUAGAGCUGGUCCACGUAAGCAGAUCUUCUAUGACCCCAAAACUACCCGGGCUGCCAUUGUUACAUGUGGUGGACUGUGUCCUGGGAUGAACACUGUCAUUAGGGAGCUAGUGGUGGGGCUGUGGGAGCUGUAUGGUGUGAGACAAAUUUAUGGGAUUCAAGCUGGGUACAGAGGAUUUUAUUCCAGGGAGCCUGUGGAGUUGAGUCCUAAGAUGGUGCAUAAAUGGCAUAAGAGAGGUGGCACUGUGCUCGAGACCUCUAGGGGUGGUUUUGAUCUCAAUAAGAUUGUUGAUGCUAUUCAACACCAUGGAUUUAAUCAGGUAUACAUCAUAGGUGGAGAUGGCACCAUGCGUGGAGCUGUAAAGAUUUUUAAUGAAAUCCAACAACGGAAACUGCAUGUUGGAGUUGUUGGAAUUCCAAAAACUGUUGACAACGAUGUAGGAAUUAUUGAUAGAUCAUUUGGGUUCCAGACAGCAGUAGAAAUGGCUCAGCAAGCAAUCAGUGCUGCUCAUGUGGAGGCAGAGAGUGCUGUUAAUGGAAUUGGCCUGGUGAAGCUAAUGGGUCGAAGCACAGGACACAUAGCCCUUCAUGCAACAUUGAGCAGCCGUGAUGUGGAUUGCUGUCUAAUUCCUGAAACUGAAUUUUACAUGGAUGGGAAAGGAGGGCUUUUCGAAUUUCUUGAAAACCGGCUGAAAGAGAAUGGGCAUGCCGUACUGGUUGUAGCAGAGGGAGCAGGGCAGGAUAUGAUACCGAGAACUGAUGCCCAGAAAGAAGAGAGGGAUGAAUCUGGAAACUUGGUUUUCUUAGAUGUUGGUAGCUGGAUGAAGUCAGAGCUAAAGAAGUGGUGGGACAGAGACCACCCAGAUGAGUUGUUUACAGUGAAGUACAUAGAUCCUACAUAUAUGAUACGUGCAGUUCCUGCAAAUGCUACGGAUAACCUGUAUUGUACACUACUAGCACAUUCGUCAAUUCAUGGUGUUAUGGCAGGUUAUACUGGAUUUGUGUGUGGUCCUAUUAAUGGAUACUAUGCAUAUAUUCCAUUGGAAGAGGUGGCACAGGCUAAGCAUGAAGUUGAUACAAGGGACCAUAAAUGGGCAUGGGUGAGGUCUGUGACCAAUCAGCCUGAUUUUGGGAAGAGCUAA